CAGUUACCCGGAACAUGUGGCACUAGAGAAAGGAGGCGGCCACGUUGACUGUCGGCUGCUAAGCGAGCGCCGUUUUGUUUCAUUACAAAACCGAAGAGGAAGUAGGAUUUUCACUAGCUGUUGAGUUGAGAUAUUUUCAGUUUUCCCCCCAAUUGUAAGGGCAGCCAGAUUCGCGCAAUGAGCGUGGGGUUCAUCGGUGCGGGGCAGCUGGCCCACGCGCUGGUGAAAGGAUUCGCCGCCGCCGGUGUGAUUGCCACCCACAGGAUCACAGCCAGUUCUCCAGACACGGAUCUCCCGACGGUGUCUGGGCUGAGGAAAAUGGGGGUGAAUUUCACCACCAGCAACAAGGAGACGGCCAAUAAGAGCGACGUGCUGUUCCUGGCGGUCAAGCCGCACAUCAUCCCCUUCGUGCUGGACGAGAUCGGGCCCGACAUCGAGGACCGCCACCUCAUCGUGUCCUGCGCCGCCGGCGUCACCAUCAGCUCCAUCGAGAAGAAGCUGCUGCAGUACCGCCCGGCCCCCAAGGUGAUGCGGUGUAUGACGAACACGCCGGUGGUGGUGCGGGAGGGGGCCACGGUGUACGCCACGGGCACGCACGCCGAGGUGGAGGACGGCCGGCUGCUGGAGCAGCUCAUGGCCAGCGUGGGCUUCUGCACGGAGGUGGAGGAGGACCUGAUCGACGCCGUCACCGGCCUGAGCGGCAGCGGCCCCGCCUACGCGUUCACAGCACUGGACGCUCUGGCGGAUGGCGGGGUGAAGAUGGGGUUGCCACGGAGACUGGCGGUCAGGCUGGGAGCACAAGCCCUGCUGGGUGCAGCGAAGAUGCUGCUGGACUCAGAGCAGCACCCGGGCCAGCUGAAGGACAACGUGUGCUCACCAGGGGGCGCCACCAUCCACGCCCUGCACGUCCUGGAGAGCGGCGGCUUCCGCAGCCUGCUGAUCAACGCCGUGGAGGCGUCCUGCAUCAGGACCAGGGAGUUGCAGUUCCUGGCUGACCAGGAGAAGAUCUCUCCAGCCGCCAUUAAGAAGACGACGCUGGACAAGGUGCUGCAGCAGCCGGGCGUGGCCGGGACGGGGGUGGGGCCUAAGGGCUCCGUCAACAUGUUCAACAGCAAGCGCCCUGGGAUGAAGAAGAACUGAGCACACACACACACACACACACUAUACACACAUACACGCACACUAUACACACUCUCACGCACACACACGCAAGUGCACACACACACACUCUAUACAUGCAUACACACACACAGACACACACGCAUGCACACACACACUGACCCUGCAAAGAAACAGAAGAGCUUUAGCUGCGACCCGGCCCUCCCCUGUUCUCUCUCUCUCACUACGGACAGUCUGCUCAGACGAACUCUUACAUACGGACUGGUGUCCGAGGAGCUUUGGCAUCAGCACGUCUGCGUUUUACACCCGUAUAAGCUUCGUGCGCAUAUUGCAGACGGAGCGUGCGCAUAUUGCAGACGGAGCGUGCGCAUAUUGUAGAUGGAGCGUGCGCGUGUGACUGAAAGCUAUCGUUUGGUGUCCGUUUCCGUCACCCAGCGCUUUGGUCCCGUUAGGUAGAGCAUCAAGUCCCCCCGGGUUCUGAAUGUGUGUGUAUUACAUCUCUAUUUCCUGCUCUCUUGCAGGGACGUUACAGGUGAUAUUAGAGCUAGUUCUAAUGCCCUUACCAGGGAUGGGAUUUCUUCCUGAUUUUUUUUUUUUACCUGAUCAGGAAAAACUUUUUUUUUGUUAGUUUUGAGAGGCCCUAAAUAUCUGUGGGUGACAUUUGUAUUGCUCCGGUUGUUUUGCUGUCAGAGCGUUGAAGCUCUUGGUGUGUGUGUGUGUGUGUGUGUGUAUAGAGUGUGUAUGUGUGCACGCAUGUGUGCGUGUGUGUAUGAGACAUUUAGGGCCUGAAAAUCAGUCUUUCCUGUAAUCGGGGAAAAAUCAAGUCCCUGAAAAUCAGUUGCAAAACCCAGUUAGAACUUAGAAUCGGAUACAAACCUGACCUGCCAGGCCCUGUCCACAGCUGCCUUGCCAGUCACGUCGCAUCACUUCCUGUUACAGACUUCCUGUUGAGAUGAAUGUCAGCUUUAUGAUGUCACAGAACAGACUUGACUUUCUGACAGCUGGACCUAUUUCUCCAGAGUUGUCUUUGACAUCAGUGGAAAAACAUUGACAAAUUCUCUGCCGUCAUGUUUUCAGAAAACUGGCCUGCAGUUUGGUAUAUCAUUUCAUGAAUACAUUUUCUUUGUGUAUGUAUGCUUUUGGAGAGUCUUCCUCAGGCUGCACAGUUUCUGCUACAGUUGGUAUAGGUCAAGAAAACGACUGCCCAGCUUUAACAAAUGUAAUUUCUUUUUUUUUGUUGUUGUAUGAAUUAGCCGUGCAGUAGGAACGUGGGAUUGCCUUACAGAUCUUCUCAAAUUGACAGCGUACAUCACACCCGUCAGUGUUUUUUAUUUUUUUAUUUUUGUACAAGUAACCCUUUUUCUUUUUGUCUGGGCACAGACUGAACUGUUUUUUAUUUAUUUGUUUGCGAAAGCCCCAUCCAUAUAUUCUCAGAUUUUUGGUCAGUUUCUUUUUUCUAUUUGGUUCUUUUACAAUCGGUACCUUGUGGCAGAACACAGUGAAGAUGAAUCCCUUGACCACUGAUUCUCGGUCCUGUAAAAACAUGUAGGGGACGUUAUUAAAAGCUGCUAACCCCCUAAA